AUGAGUUCGAGGAGGGACAAUGAGGUGAAAGAACUGGAGGCUAUAAUCGCAGAGCUCGAGGUCGAGAACGAGGAACUGGUGGCGGUGGUCGACGAGUCGGCAGCCGACGCCGACCAGCUGCGCAGAGAUCUGAAGGCCGCUGAGGAGCGCGCCCGCCGGGCAGAGGCAAAGUCUGGCCGUGAGAAUGCGAGCGACGGGGACGGCGGGAAGGACUCGGACAAAGUCCGCGAGCUGACUGCCAAGCUCGAGGCGGAGGAGGCAAAGCGGAAGCGAGCAGAGGCCAAGUUGGAGGAGCUGAAGGACGAGCUGAAGGACGAGCGCGAGUACACGUCCGAGCUGGAGGACAAGAACGCCGAGCUCAAGGCGCGGGUGAGCGGGCAGAAGGAGCGGGCGCCGUCGUCGGUGCAGGCGGACCAGGAACGACAGGAACGGGCGCGGGAUCGCGAUCGCAAGCGCAUUGCAGAACUUGAGGCGCAGGUCGAGGCUAUGAAGCGCGAGCGGAGCGUCGGCGGCAGCAGCAGCAGUCUGCGCGGUGGCGGGCGUCGUGGCAUCCCGCGGUCGACGUCGCGCAAUCUGCGUCGUACUUCGAGUAUGCGUAGCUCGCCGGCGGCGUCGACAGCAGCGUCGGACUCGUCAGAUGAUGGCGAGCGUGAAGGCAGAAGGCGGAGGACGGGUGCGAGCGGCGGCGCCGAGUCGGGCUCGUCAGACGCGCCGACUGAGGCCUCGGUGGCCUCGCUCACAGGGCGCGGCGUGGUACGGAGCGACGACGAAUACGACCGCAUGAGCCGCAACGAGCUCCGCACUGCCGUGGACGAGCUCAAGCAGCUGUACGAGUCCAAGGUUCGCGCGUUCCGGGUCCGGCGGCGUCAGCUGAAGACCGAGCGUGCGCGGCGGCGCGACGUUGACCAGCGGAUCGUCCUCCUCACUCGCGAGAAGGAGACCGUGGUGGCCAAGCUUCGGACCGAGCGCGAGUCCAAGUCAAAGCAGGCCUCGCGAUACAACACACAAAUAAGCUCGAUGCGGUCGGCGCUUGAUGGUGCGAUGCGCUCGCUGCCCGAGGCACGCGCCGCCGCCGAGCGCAAGGACAACGAAAUUGCCAGGCUCAAGGCCAAGAUUGACUCGGAGCUCAAGUCGCGACGCAAUCUUGACCACCAGCUGGCGCGCAUGCGCAAGCGGCUGACCGCGACCAAGGCCCAGAAUGUCAAGCUCCGCGAGAAGCUCAUGCUCUUUGGCUCACCUGACGAACUUGUCGACGCCGAGGACCUGACCCUCGACAUCGACGGCGUGCCGAGUCAGGUCAAGUCGUCGACCGUCCUCGCCGCCAAGCUCGCCCAGGAGCGCAAGCGACGGACCGAGCUCGAGUUCACUCUCCGCGAAAUGGACUCGGAGUUGCGGGCGACGCAUCGGGCGCCGCGCAAGCCGAUCUCGCACUCUCGCUCGCCAUCAGGGCGGGCCUCGACCUCGCUCGCCCUCUCUGCAUCGUAUCGCACCGGGCCGUCGCCGAGUCCGGGCCACCAGCGGUCGCCGACCCACCCGUCGGGCAUGCUCCCGCCGAUGCAGCAGGGCUCGCCGGCGUAUCCGCCCACUCGCGGCCCGCCGGCGCACAUGAUGACCGCCCCACACAUGAUGCCGUCGCCGCAGCACAUGCGCCGCGGCCCGCCGCCACCGCAGCACCAGUUUCAGCCCUACGGCCCGCCGCCUGACGCGUAUCCGCCCGGCGGGCCGAGACGGGCGGCGGGCACCAUGCCGCUCUCGGCCUUUGUCCAUGGUGCGCUGUAUUCUGGGGACGAGGCGUACUUUGUGGGCGAGGAGCUAAUUGCUGGCGGCGGCGAGCCGCUGGAUCUGGGCGCCAUGGGUAACGAGGGCGAGUACCGCGCUGCAGUGGCGCGGCUGUAUGCGGCGCAGCUCGAGGGUGCGCGCGGAGCGGUCGAGCGGUCGUGGUCGACGCCCGCAGAGAUCUGGGCACCGUGGUACGGGCGCGCUGUUGCGCGCUGGCUAGCCGCCGAGCUGGCUGCCGGCGCUCGUUCCGACGAGCCCGUGGCGGUUGUCGAGAUUGGUGGCGGGAACGGGACGCUCGCCGGAAACGUCCUGGACUACCUCGCCGUCGCACAUUCGGAGCUCUACGAACGCUUGACGUACACCGUUGUCGAGAUCUCGCCUGUGUUGCAUGCGUUGCAGGCUGUGCGGCUAACGCCGGCGCAUGGCGAGCGCGUCGAGCUCGUUCAGUCCGCCUUUCAGGAAUGGCGGCCGACAAGUGCCACGGUGGUGGCCAAGCCGACGGUGGUCAUGGCCCACGAGGUGCUCGACAACUGCCCGCACGACCUUAUCCGUUGGGUUGACGACUCGCCGCAGCUGGCAAUGGUUGAUGGCGGCGUGCUCGAUCCGGAGCGGCGUGCGGGAUGGCGGCGCGGCGACGUGACCAUCGAUUGGGUCCCACUCACCCCCGCCGUCGCACCGCCAGGCCUGCUCGACCUCCUCGACGCGCGUGAGGCUGUCGGUGAGCUCCCAAGGUACGCGCCGUCGCGUGGCUCGUGGCUCGGUGCUUCCAUCGAGGCCGGUCGGCAGUGGAUGGUCGAGCAGCUGCGACCGUCCCGCGAGCAUGCCGAGGAGUGGGUGCCCACUGUGGGCUACCGCUUCCUCUCCCACGCCCACGACCUAUUUCCGCGGCUGGGCCUUCUCAUGACCGACUUUGACGCGCUUGCAGGUGCGGUUCCGUUCCAGGGCCACCUUGCUCCGGUGGUCCAGCGGCGCGACCCUUCGCGCGGGCAUGCCACCGUCCGCUUUGACUCGGUCCUCGACCCGGCGCCCGGCACUGCCGACAUCUUCCACCCCACCGACUUUUCCCUCAUGGCCGCCCUCAACAAUGGCCUCGGUGCUCCACGGACCGAGUACUGCAAGCAGGCCGCGUGGCUCAAGGUCUUUGCCGCCGACGAUCUGUCCGCCACCACCACCCGAUCGGGCUACAAUCCGCUCCUCGCCGACUACAUCAACUUUUCCGUUCUCGAGGCCCCCAUUGCGACCGAUGGAGCACCAGCAGCUGGCACGUAA